AUGGAUUCCUUUCCACCACCCCCUCCUCCCCCUGGCUGGGGUCCUCCCCCCCCUCCUCCUACACCACCUCCUCCGCCGCCAGGCCAUUCUUCAUCAUUCCCACCUCCUCCAUCGAUUCCGCCGCCACCCCCGCCGCCGCCAGGCCUGCGACCUCCGACCGACCCCCAGAUCGCCAAAUUCGCCCAGAAAAAGAAGGAAUGGCUUCGCACGCAGCGCACUCGCUUUGGAGAGAACCGAAAGGAUGGCUACGUUGAGACUGAAAAGGCCGACAUGCCCCCCGAGCACCUGCGCAAAAUCUUCAAGGAUAUCGGCGAUGUUUCCCAGAAGAAGUUCACGAAUGAUAAGCGCAGCUACUUGGGCGCGUUGAAGUUUAUGCCCCAUGCCGUCAUGAAGUUGCUGGAGAACAUGCCGAUGCCUUGGGAGUCUGCGAGAGAGGUCAAAGUUCUUUACCAUGUAAAUGGCUGCCUGACCCUCGUGAACGAAAUCCCUCGAGUCAUUGAGCCAGUCUUCUAUGCGCAAUGGGCUACCAUGUGGACUGUCAUGCGCAAGGAGAAAAGCGACCGCAGACUUUUCAAGCGCAUGCGUUUUCCGCCAUUUGACGACGAGGAGCCUCCGCUCUCAUGGUCGGAAAAUAUCGAGGAUGUCGAACCUCUUGAGCCCAUUCAGAUGGAACUCGACGAGGAGGAGGAGGCGGCUGUCUACGAGUGGUUUUACGAACAUCAGGCCCUAGUCGACACAUCGCAUGCCAAUGGCCCGAGCUACAAGAAGUGGAAUCUCACGCUCCCGCAGAUGGCAAGCUUGUACCGCCUGUCUCGGCCGCUGGUGUCUGAAGUCGUUGAUAAAAACUACUUCUACCUCUUUGAGCUCAAAAGCUUCCUUACCGCAAAGGCGCUGAAUGUGGCGCUGCCAGGAGGACCUCGGUUCGAGCCACUCUACAAGGAUAUCGACCCAAAUGACGAAGACUUUGGCGAGUUCAAUGCCAUGGACCGAAUCAUCUUUCGGAAUCCCGUCCGGACGGAGUGCCGUGUCUCAUACCCUUACCUGUACAACGCGUUGCCACGGAGUGUGCACAUCUCCUGGCAUUCACAUCCUCAGACCGUCUACACCCGGACGGAAGAUCACAACCUUCCAGCCUUUUAUUUUGAUACCACAAUUAACCCCAUCUCCUCGCGCGCGGUGGCACCAAAGAACCUAACAGUCAGCCACGAGGAUGAGCUUUUUGGGAAAGGUAGCAAUGAGGAGCCCGAAGAGGAAGCGUUUGAACUUCCACCCAGUGUUGAGCCUUUUUUCGCCGACGAAGAUUUGUAUACUGAUGACACGGCUUCUGCUAUUGAGCUGUGGUGGGCUCCAUUCCCCUUUGACCGUCGGUCUGGUCGCACGGUGCGAGCCCAAGACGUCCCACUGGUCAAGCACUGGUAUCUGGAGCACUGCCCGCCCAAGCAGCCGGUCAAGGUCCGCGUUUCGUACCAGAAGCUUCUCAAGAGCUACGUGCUUAACGAACUCCACAAGAAGAAGCCCAAAGCACUCCAGAGACAGAAUCUCCUCAAGACUCUCAAGCAAACGAAGUUCUUCCAGCAAACCAAGAUCGACUGGGUGGAAGCUGGUCUGCAAGUCUGCCGUCAAGGCUUCAACAUGCUCAAUCUGUUGAUUCAUCGCAAAAAUCUCACCUACCUCCAUCUUGACUACAACUUCAACCUGAAGCCUGUCAAGACCUUGACGACAAAGGAGCGGAAGAAGUCGAGAUUCGGAAACGCUUUCCACCUGAUGCGCGAGAUCCUCCGACUCACCAAGUUGAUUGUCGAUGCCCAAGUGCAAUAUCGUCUUGGCAAUAUCGACGCCUUCCAGCUCGCCGAUGGCAUCCUUUAUGCGUUUAAUCACGUUGGACAGCUAACAGGCAUGUACCGGUACAAAUACAAGCUCAUGCAUCAGAUCCGUUCUUGCAAAGAUCUCAAGCAUCUGAUCUACUACCGAUUCAACGCCGGCCCUGUCGGCAAAGGUCCUGGAUGCGGCUUUUGGGCGCCAGCCUGGCGGGUCUGGCUUUUCUUCAUGCGAGGUAUCAUCCCGCUGCUCGAGCGGUGGCUUGGAAAUCUUCUGUCGCGUCAGUUCGAGGGUCGUCACAGCAAGGGAGUAGCCAAAACCGUUACCAAGCAGCGCGUCGAGUCCCAUUUUGAUCUGGAGCUUCGUGCCUCAGUCAUGGCCGAUCUCAUGGAUAUGAUGCCCGAGGGUAUCAAGCAAAACAAGGUUAAUACCGUUCUACAACAUUUGUCCGAAGCUUGGAGAUGCUGGAAGAGCAACAUUCCGUGGAAGGUUCCGGGGCUGCCGGCAGCUAUUGAGAACAUCAUCUUGCGAUAUGUCAAGUCCAAGGCAGACUGGUGGAUAUCGGUUGCCCACUACAAUCGGGAGCGCAUCCGUAGGGGCGCCACUGUCGACAAAACCGUCGCCAAGAAGAAUGUCGGUCGUCUCACUCGCUUGUGGCUCAAGGCGGAGCAGGAGAGACAACAUAACCACAUGAAGGAUGGUCCAUAUGUCUCGUCUGAGGAGGCUGUGGCGAUAUAUACGACCACGGUCCACUGGCUUGAGUCUCGGAAAUUCUCCCCUAUUCCUUUCCCGAGCGUGUCCUACAAGCACGACACCAAAAUUCUCAUCUUGGCCCUCGAGCGGUUGCGAGAGGCAUACUCGACCAAGGGCAGGCUGAACCAGAGUCAACGAGAAGAGCUUGCUCUGAUUGAGCAGGCCUAUGACAGCCCCGGUACUACUCUGGAGCGGAUCAAGCGCUUUCUUCUCACGCAGCGGGCGUUCAAGGAAGUUGGCAUCGACAUGAACGACAAUUACAGCACCAUCAACCCGGUCUAUGACAUUGAGCCGAUCGAGAAGAUCAGCGAUGCCUACCUGGAUCAGUAUCUCUGGUAUCAGGCCGACCAGCGCCAUCUCUUCCCUGCUUGGAUCAAGCCCUCCGACUCCGAGGUUCCACCGCUCCUUGUAUACAAGUGGGCUCAGGGCAUCAACAACCUCGAUAAGGUUUGGGAGACGGCAGAUGGUGAAUGCAACGUGAUGAUCGAGACGCAGCUUUCCAAAGUCUACGAAAAGAUUGAGCUGACACUGCUUAACUCGCUCUUGCGGUUGAUCAUGGACCACAACCUGGCUGAUUACAUCACGGCCAAGAACAAUGUCACUUUGACAUACAAGGACAUGAGCCAUGUCAACAGUUAUGGCAUGAUCCGCGGUCUGCAGUUUUCUGCGUUUGUCUUCCAGUACUAUGGCCUCAUCCUGGACUUGCUGCUGCUCGGCCCCCAGCGUGCCAGCGAGAUAGCUGGUCCUCCACAAAGCCCCAACGACUUCCUUCAGUUUAGGGACCGUGAGACAGAGACAAGGCACCCCAUCAGGUUGUAUACCAGAUACAUUGACAAGAUCUGGGUUUUCUUGCGCUUUACCGCCGAGGAGUCUCGCGACCUAAUCCAGCGAUUCCUUACUGAGCAGCCCGAUCCCAAUUUUGAGAAUGUCAUCGGCUACAAGAGCAAGAAGUGCUGGCCUAGAGACUCCCGCAUGCGACUCAUGAGACACGACGUGAACCUCGGGAGGGCCGUCUUCUGGGAUCUCAAAAAUCGCCUUCCGAGAUCCGUCACCACAAUUGAGUGGGAAGACACCUUUGCCAGUGUUUACAGCAGGGACAAUCCAAAUCUGCUGUUCGCCAUGUGCGGCUUCGAGGUUCGCGUCUUGCCAAAGAUUCGCAAUCAGAAUGACGAGUUUCCGGUCAAGGACAGCGUCUGGUCGCUGGUGGACAACACCACCAAGGAACGAACUGCGCACGCAUUCCUCCAAGUCACUGAGGAGGACGUCCAAAAGUUCAAUAACCGUAUCCGCCAGAUUCUAAUGUCCUCUGGGUCCACUACAUUCACGAAGAUUGCCAACAAAUGGAACACGGCUCUGAUUUCCCUGUUUACGUAUUACCGCGAAGCCGCAGUCUCGACUGUCAGCCUGCUUGACACCAUUGUCAAAUGCGAGACAAAGAUCCAGACCCGUGUCAAGAUUGGCCUCAACUCCAAAAUGCCCUCUCGUUUCCCCCCCGCUGUAUUCUACACGCCGAAAGAGCUCGGCGGUCUCGGCAUGAUCUCCGGGUCGCAUAUUCUGAUCCCAACAAGUGACAAGCGCUGGUACAAGCAGACCGACGUUGGAGUCACACACUACCGUCAAGGUAUGUCUCAUGACGAAGAGACGCUGAUUCCCAACAUUUUCCGCUACAUCAUCCCCUGGGAAGCCGAGUUCAUCGAUUCGCAACGUGUGUGGACGGAGUACUCACAAAAGCGACUCGAAGCGAACCAACAAAACAGGAGGCUCGCUCUUGAAGACUUGGAAGACAGCUGGGAUCGUGGACUGCCUCGUAUCAAUACGCUCUUCCAGAAGGACCGAAGCACCCUUUCCUUCGACAAGGGUUUCCGCGCGCGUGCCGAGUUCAAAGUGUACCAGCUAAUGAAGAGUAACCCGUUCUGGUGGACUAGUCAAAGGCACGAUGGAAAGCUUUGGAAUUUGAAUGCCUACCGUACCGAUGUCAUCCAGGCAUUGGGCGGUGUUGAAACCAUUCUUGAGCACACGCUUUUCAAGGCGACUGGUUUUCCGUCUUGGGAAGGCCUCUUUUGGGAGAAAGCCAGUGGGUUCGAGGAGAGCAUGAAGUUCAAGAAGCUCACAAACGCCCAACGGAGUGGUCUAAACCAAAUUCCCAACCGUCGAUUCACGCUAUGGUGGUCUCCUACAAUCAACAGAGCCAACGUCUAUGUCGGUUUCCAGGUCCAGUUGGAUCUGACGGGCAUUUUCUUGCACGGCAAAAUCCCGACACUCAAAAUCUCACUCAUCCAGAUCUUCCGCGCCCAUUUGUGGCAAAAGAUCCACGAGUCGGUUGUGAUGGAUCUUUGCCAGGUGUUCGACCAGGAGCUGGAAGCACUGAGUAUUGAGUCGGUUCAGAAGGAAACCAUUCAUCCCCGAAAGUCCUACAAGAUGAAUUCAUCUUGCGCAGACAUCCAACUAUUCGCCAGCCACAAGUGGAACGUCACCAGGCCCUCGCUUCUUUUCGACACCAAGGAUGUUCUCGAGUCCACCACGACGAACAAAUUCUGGAUUGAUGUUCAGCUUCGCUACGGCGAUUACGAUUCGCAUGACAUAGAACGCUAUGUUCGUGCCAAGUACCUCGACUAUACGACCGACAGUAUGAGUUUGUAUCCGUCGCCGACCGGUCUCAUGAUCGGAAUCGAUUUGGCAUACAACCUCUUCUCUGCUUACGGCCAGUACUUCCCUGGUCUCAAGCUUCUUGUCCAGCAGGCCAUGAAUAAAAUCAUGAAGGCGAAUCCCGCUCUUUACGUCUUGCGUGAGCGAAUUCGCAAGGGCCUACAGCUCUAUGCGUCGGAGAGCAACCAAGAGUUUUUGAACUCGCAGAACUACUCGGAACUGUUCAGUAACCAGACCCAGCUUUUCAUUGAUGAUACCAAUGUCUAUCGAGUCACAAUCCACAAAACAUUCGAAGGCAAUCUGACGACAAAGCCGAUAAACGGAGCCAUCUUCAUCUUCAACCCUCGCACUGGCCAGCUGUUCCUGAAGAUCAUCCAUACCAGCGUGUGGGCGGGACAGAAGCGCCUGGGACAGUUAGCCAAGUGGAAGACGGCUGAAGAAGUGGCUGCCUUGAUUCGGUCACUCCCAGUUGAAGAACAGCCCAAGCAACUGAUCGUCACACGAAAGGGGCUGCUCGAUCCCCUUGAGGUCAAUCUACUCGACUUCCCCAAUAUUUCCAUCCGUGCUUCUGAGUUGCAGCUCCCCUUCCAAGCUGCCAUGAAGGUUGAAAAGCUUGGGGACAUGAUCUUGCGCGCCACCGAGCCUCAGAUGGUUCUCUUCAACCUGUAUGACGAGUGGCUGAAGAGCAUCUCGUCGUAUACGGCAUUCUCCCGCCUCAUCUUGAUCCUUCGAGCUUUGCACGUCAAUCAAGACAAGACGAAGCUUAUUUUGCGACCCGAUAAGACGGUCAUCACGCAAGACCAUCACAUCUGGCCGUCACUUUCGGAUGAGGAUUGGAUCAAGGUGGAAACUCAACUCCGUGACCUGAUUCUCAACGACUACGGAAAGAAGAACAACGUCAACGUGUCUAGCUUGACGAGCAGCGAAGUGCGCGACAUCAUCUUGGGCAUGGAAAUCUCGGCGCCGUCGAUGCAGAGGCAACAAGCCGCUGAGAUCGAAAAGCAACAGCAGGAGCAGCAGCAGCUCACUGCGGUCACUACUAAGACUCAAAACGUACACGGGGAGGAGAUCAUUGUGACGACGACUUCGCAGUUUGAGCAGCAGACCUUUGCCUCGAAGACUGAGUGGCGGACCAGGGCCAUUGCCACGUCGAAUCUGCGUACGAGAUCCAACAACAUGUAUGUGUCUCCAGUGGACAGCGACGUGGAUGACAUUACAUAUGUCAUGCCAAAGAACAUUCUGAAGCGGUUCAUCACGAUUGCAGACCUCAGAGUGCAGGUUGCAGGAUAUCUCUAUGGCUCGUCACCAGCCGACAAUGACCAAGUCAAGGAAGUCAAGUGCAUCGUCAUGGUCCCCCAGAUUGGAGGCCUGCGCAACAUCCAGCUACCCCAACAGCUACCACAGCACGAGCUCCUCGAGGACAUGGAACCUCUUGGCAUAAUCCACACCAUGUCGGGCAAUGAGCUACCUUACAUGUCGGCCAUGGAUGUUACAGACCACUCUAGACUCCUCGACGCUCAUCCGGAGUGGGACAAGCAGAAUACUCUGACUGUUACAGUGUCGUUCACCCCUGGUAGCGUGUCGUUGUCGGCCUGGGCUCUCACGCCACAGGGUUAUAGAUGGGGAGCCGAGAACAAGGACGUUGGCAGCGAUCAGCCACAGGGAUUUUCGACGGCAAUGGGCGAAAAGCGACAGCUCCUUCUCAGCGAGAAGUUCAGGGGCUUCUUCCUUGUGCCCGACUCCGGAAAAUGGAACUUCAGCUUCAUGGGCAGCGCCUUCGGCGGCUUAGAGAAGAAGCCGGUCCACGUCAAACUGGAUACGCCCUUGCCAUUCUACAGCGACCAACACCGGCCGAUCCACUUUUCCAGUUUCAACGAGCUGGAGGACAUUUGGGUCGAUAGGCAGGAUAAUUUUGCCUAG